AUGGCCCCGCCCCCAAUUGAGACCUUAGCUCCUUUGCGCCAGUCUUCAGUGGUCCCCCAUUCCACUGAGCCCAGCUCCACAAAGAAGGCUGAUGUGAUUGAUCUGACUCUGGAAGACGACACAGACCCUCCACUGAAGAAACGCUGCGUUUACAUUUCCAAGAACGAGGAGAUGCAUGCGAAGGGAGUGUUGACCUACCAGCCAUCUGUGCGCAUGCCAAACGCCCAGGCCCUGGACCCAUCAUAUCUGACUGCUACGCUUGCUGACUAUGCAGUCCCCUUCCACCCAUCCACACUGGCCACCAUCCCCACAGACAUGCAGAGUCUGGAUUUGUUUUCCUUAAUUCAAGCAGAUCCUCAGCAUUACCGGCCGCAGAUGUUCCUCGACAACCUGACGAGCAGCAUGCAGAGUGCAGCGGCAGCCAGCACCAGCUCAGCCCUGGUCUCCUCAUCCAGCAGCCACUACGACACCAGCACACACGCUGCCGGCUCUAUCCACGAGACCCGGGUCAUCACAGGAGGAGGGGGGGGGAGCUGGAGGAGGGACUGACGGUGGCAUAUCGGA